GAUCCACGCUCAUUACACCAAAAUCCUGAAUGAGCCUCGUGCAACACAGUAAAGCAGUUGCUUCUCUACUUCGCUAGCCUUUAACUCGCUAGCCUUAGAAAGAAAGCCUCCUCUUGCCUGGUGUUGCUUAUAGCCGUCGGGCCGGUUAUUCACAGGUGACAAUGACAGAAAAGGCACUGCACCUUGAGCAGAACAGGGCCCGUAUGGCCGCUGGAGAGCUGUACCACGCCUUCACUCCGGACCUCACCGCCGACCGGCGUCGGUGCUCUACUGCCUGCGAGAGAUUCAACCGCGCUGGCGACGUCUCCCGGAGAGCUCUCGCACUACUAGUGAAGGACAUCCUGAAGGACGAUCGUCCCCUUCCUGUACCAGCCCCUAUCCCGGAAGAGGACGAGCAGAGCUUGGCCAACGAGCCUUGGAUUGAUGGACCUGUAAGAAUGGACUAUGGGUACAACGUCAAGUUAGGGAAGAAUGUCUACAUCAACUUCAACAGCGUGUGGAUUGACACGUGCACGAUCGAGGUGGGUGACCGCACCCUCAUCGGCCCCAACUGUUCCUUCUACAGCGCGGCGCAUCCGCUGGACCCCGUCUUGCGCAACGGCACCGCAGGUCCCGAGUACGGGAAGCCCAUCAAGAUCGGUGCCGACUGUUGGUUCGGGGGCAACUGCAUUGUACUCCCCGGCGUCACCAUAGGUAGAGGCGUCACUGUUGGGGCGGGCAGCGUCGUGACCAAGGACGUUCCAGACUUUGUCGUGGUCGCCGGAAACCCGGCCCGUGUCGUUAAGGAGGUGCCGAGGACGUAGUCAGGUUGGGACCACCCGAAUACCUAGCGAGCUAUUAUUGAGAGUUUUACCACCAUC